AUGUCUGCCGUUUGUUUUUUAAAUAAUUUAUUGUUUGUUGUUGUUGUUACAGGAAUGGGAAUGGGAUUAAAAAAAUUAUAUUCGAUAUUAAUGGCUGCCGUUUUAUUGACGACAUUUUUAUGUUUGGCAAAUUCGUCAAUAUUACCAACGGAAUCAAAUCAAUUUGGUAUAUGCAUAAGAAAUUGUGCACAAUGUAAAAAAAUGUUUGGAACCUAUUUCGAGGGUCAAUUAUGUGCUGAUGCAUGUGUUAAAUUCAAAGGAAAAGUCAUACCCGAUUGCGAAGAUUUAGAUUCGAUAUCGCCAUUUUUAAAUAAAGUCGAUUAA